AUGAAUUACACAAAACUUCAAAUUAUUCUAUUGGUUUUACUUCGUGAUGUAAUAACGAAUGAUUUAAAUGACACGGCAUCUAUAGAUACCUAUAGAAAAGAACGUGUCAGCGGCAGAAUAGUUAAGCUGAAUUCAAACGAUAAACUAAUUUCUCACCUCUGCCACAAAGAAGGAUUUUUACCAGAUCAAAAUGAUUGUUCGAUAUUUUACCGCUGUCUUAAAACUUAUGGCGACAAAUAUACAGUGUUUAGAUGCGCUCCCGGUACUAUAUUUGAUCCCGAUAAAGAGAUUUGCAACUACCCGCGCAAUACAAUGCGUUCAGAUUGCGGUGUACCGCCAAGUUUUAAUGAUCAGCGGUACGAAAAUCUAGUUGCUGACCUUCAUCAAGAGUUGCCAAAGCCUAUUAAAUAUAGGGAACCUCAGGACUAUAUUAAUUCUAAUAAACCAUUGGAUAAUUAUAACAACAUUUUGAACGACGAUUUACAUACAACAGACAAGAAAACGGCUACAUCAUUCACCACUGUAGCCGUUCCAAAUGAUACAGAAUUGUUCACUAGGAAUCCUAUAAUAAACAAGCAUAACACUCAAGAUAAUCUAUGCAUUAAAGAAGGUUUUCUUGGAGAUUCAAACGAUUGCAAGAAAUUUUACAGAUGUGUCAAUAAUUUAAGAGGAAGUUUCAUACGAUACGAAUUCAUGUGCAAUGACGCAACUAUAUGGGACGAUAGUAUACAAGGAUGCAAUCACGCUUGGAUUGCUAGAAAUUGGAGAUGUAGACGAGAUAACACAAAUUAUAUUGAUAACACUGAUGCCGAUUACGGUAAUAGAUACGAUACAGGUUCAAGCAAUAAGUACCCGCAAGAAAAUAGUCAUAAUAUGGACGAUGGUUAUAGACCCCUUCAGACUAAUCCACCAAAAGAUGUACAAACAAAAGUUGACAGUAUAGAAACAACUACUUACAGAUUUCUCGGAGAACAAGUACAAUUAUCUACUAAGUCCACAAGUAGCCCUCUUCAGUAUGGAGAUAAGAUUUGGAGUAAUUCUUACACUACACCACGUCAAACAGUUUCUAAAGGGAAUAGCUAUAAUCAAUUCGGGAAUACAAAAAAUAAAGAAGAAACACGUGUAACAAAUGCUUAUAUUGAGAGUCACAAAAACAACAAUUGUCAUAAAAACGGUUUCUUUGGCUAUUCUAAUGACUGUAAGAAAUUUUAUAGAUGCGUUGAAAAUACAAGAGGAAACUUUUUAAAAUAUGAGUUUUCUUGCAGUGAUGGAACUUUGUGGGAUAGCAAAUUACAAGCUUGUAAUUUCGCAUGGGCUGUAAAAGAUUGUGGCGCCACUUUUAACAUAGAUGAUAACUUAAUUACAACCACGCAAACCAAUAAUGACCAUUACUCUCAACAGCCAUUAAGUAGUUUUUCAACACAAAGUGAUGAAGAUUUAGGGUAUGGAGUGCACGAGGAAUCUACUACAAAUAACCAUGCAGUAUCAAAUGUGACAACAAUUAGUGAUUUAGGAUUUUCAACACCAGAGGGAGUAAAGGGUGAAUGUUCUGCGAAUGGUUUUUAUGGCGAUCAAAAUAACUGUCAAAACUUCUAUAGAUGUAUUGAAACAAGAAGAGGCGUUUUUACAAAAUUUGCAUACAAGUGUGGGGAGGGAACAUUAUGGGAUGCAAACAUUGAGGCGUGUAAUCAUGCUUGGGCAGUAAAAGGGUGCACUAUUUCAGAAGUCAAUGAUACAAAACUGACAACGCAAGCUGUUAAUGCACCGGUCAUAUCUACAAUUUCUCUUUUGCAAACAACUACGCAAGCAAAUGAUAUUAUAGAACAAGAUUAUGAUUCAGGUUAUCAUCAGGGGCCGGUCCAAUUCAUCGGCUCUACACCAAAAGACACCAAUAACUUGAGCUCAACAAAAUGUUCAAAAUCCGGUUUUAUGGGCGAUACCAACGAUUGCAAAAAGUUUUAUAGAUGCGUCGAUAGUGGUAAUGGUAAAUUUAUUCGAUACGAAUUUUCUUGCGGCGAAGGUACUGUCUGGGAUUCAAGAAUAGAGUCCUGUAACCAUGCGUGGGCGGUGGAAGCAUGUAAUAGUGACAACAAUUUGAAUAAUGACAAAACAGACUCUUUAUUGAAGCCUACUGAUGAAAGCAAUAAUUCUGGAUAUGUUAAUGAAGUACAGAACGGUAAUUCAAAGGAAACAACUAUCACUAAUCUACCAGAAAAUUUAGCACCUUCCGCAGAAUCUCUAACCACAUCUACGAGUACUUCCAAGCCAACUGAAACAAGACCCUCAAGCGACAAUAUGUGUAAAGAGGAAGGUUUCUUCGGAAAUGGUAGAGAUUGUACAAAAUUUUAUAGGUGUGUCGAUAACGGGAGGGCUGGUUUUGAAUUGUACGAAUUUUCUUGUGGCGAAGGCACUAUAUGGGAUCAAGACAUUACAGCUUGUAACCAUCCUCAAGAUGUUAAACGGCCGUCUUGUUCAACAUCCAGUAACGAGAGUUCUUUUACACAGAGUACUAUUUCAUCGACUAGUUCUUCAGUCACGACAAUAAAAGAAGAUAAUACAAUAGUUAUAUCUUCGACUGAACAGUUUCAAGGAGAACAGACGACAAUAAGUAGCUCUACAACUGUCCGAGAAACGAAUGAAAACUCAGGAAAAAAUACUUGUAACGAGGAAGGUUAUUUUGGGGAUACUGAUGAUUGUAAAAACUUUUACCGAUGUGUAAGUAACGGAAAUGGUGGAUAUGUCAAAUAUGACUUUACUUGUGGCGAAGGCACAGUUUGGGAUCAAGAAAUAACUGCCUGUAACCACCCUAGAGAUGUCGAGUAUUUAUCCUGCUCAACAGAAAGCGCCAAAAAUGAUUCAACAACAAUGACCACUGGAAUUUCAGAAUUCACAACAAAUAGAAUUACUUCAACUGCCGCUUCACUCACAUCAACAACACCGGCUCAGUCAACUACAACAGAAUUUAGCACUUUGAGUACCGAAAACAACGUAAAGGAAAAGACUACAACUGAAAAAGCAUUGUCAAGUUCUACAAGCGCAACUUCAACAAGUAGUCAAAACCCUCCAUCGGACAAUACAAAACCUAGCAAAAAUUCGUGUUCUGACGAAGGAUUCUAUGGUAAUACAAAUGAUUGCAAAAGCUUUUAUAGAUGCGUUUCCAAUGGUAAGAACGGAUUUACAAAAUAUGAUUUUACUUGUGGAGAAGGAACAAUCUGGGAUCAGGAUAUAUUAGCUUGUAACCACCCACAAGAUGUGGAACACCCAUCUUGUGAAACGAGUAACGUAGAUAUAUCAACUACUACUGAAAAAAUAAUAAACAACACCGAAAUUGAAACAACAUCACAAUCACAACCUGCAAGUACUACAACUUCUUCAGAUAACGAUGUAAGUACACAAAGUAAUGAGGACCAACAAUCGACUGAAAAGCAAAAUGAAGGAAACUUUACGUGUACAAGUGCUGGAUUUUAUCCAAAUCCAAACGACUGUAAGAAGUUUUAUAGAUGUGUUGAUUGGAAUAAUGAUGGUACGCGCUUCUCCAUUUUCCAUUUUGAAUGCGGUGAAGGGACGAUAUGGGAUCCGUCAUUAGACACUUGCAACUAUGAGGAUUCAGUGUACCCCCCUCGAAAUUGUAGUGGUUCUUCUUCACAGGCGCAAAAUAAUACAGACACCACUACUUCUGAAAGUUCAUCUACGGAAACUACGACACAAACAACAACUACUAAAACUGCAAGUGAUACCACUACACAGCAAAGUAGUUCUACCGCUUCUACAGCAUCCACAGAACAAGAAACUUCAACAACAGAUAAAACAACAACAGAAAGUCAGACCACCACCACGGAAAAAACAACUACACAGACAGAAUCAUCGUCAACAGAUCAGACAUCUACUACGACAACAUCUACUUCAGAUACAACAACAACAACGGAACGCUCAACAACUACUACAGAUCAAACUACUCAAACGGAUAAAACGACUGACGCAUCAACAAGUGAAGGAACUACUACACAAUCUUCUACUACAGAGCAAUCUACUUCGACAAUGGAUUCAUCGACUGAUUCAUCAGAAAAUGACAAAACAACGACUGAAGCAAUGCAGCAAACAACUGAAACUACCACAACUAGUUCCACUCCUAAAGAUAAAUGUCCCGAAAUGGAUGAUGAUCAAAACGCUUACGUAUGUCCGACAUCAUUUAGGAGACAUCCGAAGUAUUGUAACAUAUUUUAUCAAUGCACGGAAGAUGAUGACAAUCAUGACCUCAAGAUAGCAUUAUUCCACUGCCCCAACAACACAAUUUAUGAUGAAUCAAAAACACAAUGUGUAGAGGAAAGUAAGUCUUCUAAAAAAUGUGAUGGUUCUUUAGCAAGAUCUCAUCGGAUUAAGCGAUUCAGUGGUGAUUAUGUCGAACCGUUAAUCGUUGACACCAGAAGCUACGCCUGUCCAAAUGUUGGUUACUUCCCAUUCGAGAGGAAUCAAGAAUGUUCUCCUGCAAUACUAAAAUGUCAACGCUCAAAGAACAAUACAAUAAAAGGUUAUGUUUAUAAAUGCCCAGAAGGCUACAUUUUUUGGACCAAAAGCAAAAGAUGCGAAAGAAUGGCAAGGCUGAAAGACUGUAAACGUUCACUCUAUCCAUGGGGAAGGAGACACGAAAUACCAAAAGAAAUCCGAAAUGUUGCGUUAUAA